GAGCGCCGCAGGACUCGCUCACAGCUGCUGGGGCUCAGGCUCCCAGGACAAGGCCGAGAUGGCGACUGUAGCUUGGCUACUGGGUCGGCGCGUGGCGAGCUGGAGGCCGCGGCCGCCACUGCAGCCGCUCGCCGGUCUGAUUACCCAGCGGGCCAACUCGCUGUUGCCCGUGGACGAUGCGAUCAAUGGGCUAAGCGAGGAGCAGAAGCAGCUUCGUCAGACCAUGGCGAAAUUCCUUCAGGAGCAUCUAGCACCCCAUGCCCAGGAGAUUGAUCGGAGUAAUGAGUUCAAGAACCUGCGAGAGUUUUGGAAGCAGCUGGGGAACCUGGGAGUCUUGGGUGUCACAGCCCCUGUUCAGUAUGGCGGCUCUGGCCUGGGCUACCUGGAACACGUGCUGGUGAUGGAGGAGAUAUCCCGAGUCUCUGGAGCAGUGGGUCUCAGUUACGGUGCCCACUCCAACCUCUGCCUCAACCAAAUUGUUCGCAAUGGAAACGAGGCCCAGAAGGAGAAGUACCUCCCCAAGCUGAUCAGCGGUGAAUACAUCGGAGCCCUGGCCAUGAGUGAGACAAAUGCUGGCUCCGAUGUUGUCUCCAUGAAGCUGAAAGCAGAAAAGAAAGGAGAUCACUAUGUCCUGAAUGGCAACAAAUUCUGGAUCACCAAUGGCCCUGAUGCUGAUGUCCUUAUUGUCUAUGCCAAGACAGAUCUGGCUGCUGUGCCAGCUUCUCGGGGCAUCACAGCCUUCAUUGUGGAGAAGGGUAUGCCAGGCUUCAGCACCUCCAAGAAGCUGGACAAGCUGGGGAUGAGGGGCUCUAACACCUGUGAGCUAAUCUUUGAGGACUGCGAGGUUCCUGGUGAGUCUCUGAGAAUGAGGGAGCCCCUGUCCUGACCCCAUCACACGCUGAGAAAGCCCAUCUCUGGCUUGGACAGCCUCACCAUUGUUAGCUCACCAACGGUAUAUGGCCAGACAGUGGGCCUGCCACUGUGCCCUUGCCCACUGGCCCCAUAGGUGUUGGUCUCAGUCUGGACAGCUGUCCUUCCCGGCCAGAGCUCCUGCAGCUGUAUGCCCUACUGUGGCUUCAGGGAA